UGCUAUUCGCACGUCUGUGAUAACAACCUGUUGUCUUGUGGACUUAAGGACUGAAGCCAUGACAAGAAUACGAAAGUGUUUCGUACUGCCUCUCAGCAUAGCCUUGAUUCUUGCUUGCGAGCUGUUUAUCAUGGACAAGGUGAGUUCCGACUUUUUCCCUUUUCAGUUCCUAAGCCAAAGCAUAAACUGGAGAAAAUCACCGGUUGUGUCCCCUGGAACAAACGUUUCUCUGCCGACGGCAAACUCCUUGCUGGACAACACCGCGGUCCUUGCGACGCUUAACGUUGUCCCGCACAACAGCUUCGACAUCCUGACUGCACUGACCAGUACAUCCUCGUCCACCGGUCAACCUGUCACCACUCCUACUAAAGGUCACGUGUCGCACAGCUCCUUUACCUCCCAAGGUGGUACAAAUAGAACUGGAGUCACCACACCGUCGGACCCGCUCAUCGCCUCCAAGGUGUUGUGUAUCAGUUUUAUAGGCCGACUAGGAAACCAACUCUUUCAGUACGCAUCCCUUUUGGGCAUAGCUCUCAAGACGAAACGGAUACCGGUUUACCUGGGGAAGACUCUUCUGUCGGAUGUGUUGAGAAACACUUCACUGAUUGACGCUUCUUCCCGCUAUGCAGAUCGGUGUAAUGACAUCUUUGAAAUAGAAGACAGUUGUGGUAAGUUUUACCAGAGGUUUUUCGAGCUUGAUUCUGAGAUAGAUUUCAGGAUCGGGUAUUAUCUUCAGUCCUGGCGAUAUUUCACCCAACACGAAGCGGAAGUACGUCACGCGUUGACGUUCAAGGAAACAAUUGUGUCGCAAGCUCAACAAACGGUCGACUCCCUCAGACAGAAAUUCAAUCGCACACUGACAGGUGUCCAUGUACGCAGAGGAGACUAUCUCAGGAAUCCUCUUUUUGGAUACAAGCCAGCACCUAUCGAAUACUUGUUGCAUGCUAUGGACUACGUCAGAAAAAGGUUCGGUGACGUCGUUUUUGUCGUUUCUUCAGAUGACCUCCAAUGGUGUAGCCAGCAGUUUGCUAACAAAAGUGACGUCACAGUGCUGCAGCAUCUGUCAUCGCCUGCGGUUGAUAUGAUGAUUCUUGCGUCACUGGAUCACAUGAUCAUGACGGUGGGGUCCUACGGGUGGUGGGCGAGUUUUCUGAAUCCCGGGAUUACCGUCUACUAUCGAGACUUUAUGGAUCCGGGCACAUAUCUAUCAAGACACUAUCACCUAAACGGAACGGACUACUACUGUCCGGACUGGAUUUCUUUGUCCUGACUUUAAUCAGUUGCUCAUAGCGUUUAACGUUUUACUGACAAUAAUAUUAUUAUUGUCAUAUUAUUAUUGUUAUUUUCUUUUUGUUAUAUUAUCUUUAUUCUGUUCACUUUACACUGUGGUCUUAAAUCACGCAUAGUAACACUACAAAGUCUAAACGGAAGCAAAAGUCUAAAUGUACCCAUAAGCUGGAAAGUUUAAAAUAAAUCCAUAUGAAGACAAUUGUGUUGAGUAUGUACGAUGUACUAGCGCGUAAAUAAAACAUAAAAGAUAAUUAUUUUAGUCUAAUUGUUGGAAAUAUUUGAAACUUGUUAGCAAAAUGUCUUAUAUUUAUUGUCUGUACAUUUUUUCUUUUUUUAGUGGCUAAGUUGCUGAUGGACUGUGUCGCGUGUCGCACGCUGGCUCAGCCCGAGCUUUAGUUCUAGAGGGGAGGAGGGGGUUGAAGAUUGAAAGCUGGAUAAUGGAUGAGGCUGUAGUUGAAGUCAAGUAGAAGUAGAAAAAGCCCCCUCUCCCAGCAGGUACGAUAGUUCUCACUACCUGGUUACACUGCCUCGGCGACGUAAUCACAACAAUGGUUUAUCCUUCUAGCUUUCUCUUUUUCCGAAAUAUGUAACAGUCUUUCCUCCCUC